CGCAGAAUUGGAAACCCGGCACUGACGAGUGUUUUGUGGGUUAUUCCAAAAUUAGGGUCCGGGACCCGAACGUGGACACGUACCAAGUUGUUAACGUAGGACAAAUUUGAUAGUGUUCUGGGAACACGUUGCGGUUGGACCGCGGGAAUAAAAUACAGUAGAAUAGGACUUAGUGUUCUGGGAACACGUUGCGGUUGGACCGCGGGAAUAGAAUACAGUAGAAUAGGAUUUAGUGUUCUGGGAACACAGAGCGGUUGGACCGCGAUACAUAGAGAUUGAAGUGGGUUUCAUACCCGAGAAAGUGGUCAGGGACCACGGGCAACGCAGCGGUUGGACCGCAUAAAGAGAAAGUGAAAGUGGUAAGAAAGCCACGAAAUAGUCGAAAAUACGAAGAGAAUAUUGGUAUUUGAAAAAGUUUUAUUGUAAGCAAUAUUGUUAAGUUGUGCUAAAGAAUAGGAAUUUGAAACUUACUGAAGAUUGUACGAAAUGGCUGCUUAUUUUUAAAUGUGCUGUUUAUUUGCGCUGUUUGCUACCGGUAUAUUAUCAGCUUUACUAAGGACUGACAGCAAAUAACAUUGAGAGGAAGAAUAAACGAGAUAUUCAGGGUAAGACAUAUUUUAGUGGAAGAUAACAUGAAGACUCUUAAAGAGCAAUGGGAGGCAGCCGUAGAACAGCUUUUGAGUGGGUUAGAAGAAAGAGAAAGGCUCAAAAAGACUCAGAAAUUGCAAGAAAUGUAUGAAGAAUGGAAACAACUUAAGGGUUACGAAGAUAGGACGAAGACAAGUUUGAAAGAGCAAGUAAUUGUUCAAGAAAGUGAAGCGCACAGGAAGUUUCAGAGAGAGGACAAAAAGGAAGUGGGGUUUCUAGCUAGAAAGAAGCAUGACAAGGAAGUGAAGAGACUACGUGAAGAGUUUCAUUUGUGGCAUAGUAUGGCAGUUAGUUGUGUGGCUUUGGUACAGUUGGAUAGAGAGAGACAAGAGACAGAAAAGAAAGUAGAAAUAAAAAAGAGUGACCUUAAAGAGAAGGAAGCAAACAAAAUUCAAGAGGGGAGGGAAAUAGCAUCCAUAUAUCCAGCACUGCCACCCACUGCUCCACCUCCAUAUGCCCCGCCCCAUACACAGUUGCCAGUAUUUGAAGUACAAAAGGGUGUGUUGGACAUGGAGCAGCGGGAGGGAAAUCGCUGGAAAAUAAAAUCAGGGAAAUUAAAUUUAAUAACAGAAAACGAGACAGAGGAGAGAGAAAUAGCACGAGAAACAGCUGAAUUGAUGAGAACACAUAGAGAGCAAGCGGCACAGGCAGAACAGAAGAUGGCAGCUCUGGAGAAAGAACUGAGGGAACAAUGGAAUAGCGUAGUACAGGAAAGGACAUUUCAACCCGGAGCACAAAGCACCCCAGGAGAAACAUUGAGUAGCAGAUUCAUAACAGUGGACGAGACUGGGAGUCAGAUAGAGGUUGAAGAACAGGGAACAUAUCCAGUUGAAAUCAGAGGAGAAAUGAAGGUGGGUAAGAGGAUGAAAGAGGAGAGCAGAUAUAACUACAGUAUACAGACACCAAAGAAAGAACAGGAAGAAGAUGAACAGGAAUGUAGGGAACUACAUCUCAUUCGUAGGGUACCUAAUAUCUGCCCCCUAGUGGAGACAAGUGGAAAGGUAGAAUACAAACCAUGGUCAUUCACAGACAUGGGAGCUAUCCUUGCAAAGCUACCUCAUAUCACGAGUGGUGGGGGUAAAUGGAUAGGGAAGGUAAUAACUUUGACACAAGGGCAUACGUUGGCGAUCGGAGACCUUAGAGCAUUAUUGGGACAGGUACUGACCGUAGGACAGAUUACGGAAAUUGAGCGAGAGUCAGGAACGGUAGGAUUAUAUGAUGACUAUCCAUACUGUCGAGUUGCAUCAGAUUGGGGAAAGGCACUGCGAAAGCUGUACCCAGCGCCAGCAGGCACCCUUUACAAUAUAAAAUUUUCUCCAAAAGGGGAAGAAACAGCAGCAGCAUAUCUGAGUCGAUGCAAAGGAGAGUGGGAAGAGCAAACGGGCUCAUCCACAUUCAGAUAG